AACGCCCAAAGUUGACGACGUGGCGGAAAAACGGUUCAAGUGGACCGGGUUGAUUCAAACUGGAAAACCGGCUGUGCAUCGCUACUGCCAGAAGAAGUUUGUCUUGCGAGCUCACCAUAGUGUAACCAUGUCGGGGAAAAUCAAGAGCAGAAGUGUUGCUAAUGCAGACUCGAUAGCUGGCAGUGUUUCUAGUGAUGAGCACAUUUUGCGGGACAUUCAUCAACUUUACACGGACUCAGAAAGCGGGUUGAUAACUGUGGCAGAAUCUGUUGGUGUCAAGUUGCUCCCACCCAGGAAAAAAAUUACAGUGAUGCUGAUAGGUAACCACUCUGCUGGAAAAAGCUCCUUUAUCAACUGGUAUGUGGAGGAACAUAUCCAGCGCACUGGAGUGGCUAUAGAGACACAAGGCUUCAGCUUUGUCACAAAUGGACGCAAGAGGGAAUCCCUCACAGGAAAUGCCACUCUUCAUCUGUAUCCACACUUCAAGACUCUGCAAGACUUUAAAGGUGUUUCAGAGUAUCUGAGCACAGAAAUCUGCACGUCACGGCAGAAGAAGUUCAGCUUGGUGACCUUUGUGGAUUCACCAGGGCUGGUGGAUGGAGACAUGAAGUAUCCGUUUGAUGUGGAUGAUGUCAUCCUGUGGCUAGGUGAUCUUUGCGAUCUGAUCUUGGUCUUUUUUGAUCCUAUGGGUCAGGCUUUGUGCAAGCGCACCCUUAACAUUGUGGAGAGCCUGAAUGAGAAGCACGGCGACCGGCUUCAUUUUUACCUGAGCAAGGCUGAUGAGGCUGGUGGAGAAUCAGACAGACAGAGAGUAAUGAUGCAGAUCGUUCAGGAACUCUGCAAGCGGCCUGGACUGAACAAAUGUGGCUUUGACAUGCCCACCAUCUACAUUCCUAACCCAAACAAGCCUAGCCGCUGUGUCAACCAGAUUGAAGAAGUUUGUCGAACCAUCGAGAAGACCAUUAACCAAACUGUUCAGAAUACUCUCAACUCUCUGGAGAGGGACUGUGAACUCAUCAGUGAAGCCAUUACAGAUUCUAUUCAUACUGACAGGCUGAUUACCUCAGAGAACCGUCGCGCUCGUUGCAAGAGUUGCUUCCUGACUCUGCUGGGUUUCAGUAUUCCCCUUGCGUUACUGGCCUUCCUGGUGCUCGGCACAAUGUCCAAGGAGCUGCUGGAGGUGGCUCUGGGCCGUGAGGGUACAGAGACCCUCUCACUCUAUGUGACUCCAGUGCUGAGAGUGACUGACUCCAUGUCUGGGGAGCAGCAGCUUUACGUCUGUGGUGGACUCAUCCUCCUCUCCUUCCUUCUGCUUAUUAUCUCACGCUUUUUCUUCAGAACUCGAUCAACUCUGUCAGGCAAACAGAAAAGACAGCUGCAGGAGAAGCUGGAGUACAUCCAGGAGGUAGUCAAGGCCAAAAAGAAAAAGCUCUAUGAAGAGUAUCUACGCCAGAGUGUCAGCGAUCAUGACAUGGACUUAUGAAGAAGCCCGAAAAUCCAGACAAACAUGGGACCAGGGACAACAUUGUUUUGCCAAGUUGUGCUCCAGCUGCCAGAACAUACACAAACCACUCUAAGACAUGGGAACUUUCGCCCUGUCUGUAACAUCAAUCACUGUGUUCUCUGAGUACCUUUGUGAACGUUACUGUUUUGUGGAGCUGCACCAGCAUUUUUUACACACAGAUGUUUUUUCGCUAACUCUUCUCUAGAAUAUUGAAUUAUGUGCACAAUUGUUGGUGGGAUGAUUGUAAAUCAGCAACCAAACCAUCACCUUCAAAUUUUCUGAUGUAACCAAUUGUAACCAACCGUCUUUAUCCUAUGACCAUUUUUUUCUGAAAUUAUGAAAAUAAAUAAAAAUGUAUUUUGGAAAAAA